AGAAUUCGCGAUUUCCAGAUUAUGAGUAACAAAACUUGAUGGUGUAGUGCAAAUAUAUGGCAUUAUAACAACUUUUGCUCUUGUUUUGAUAAUUUAUUAGUGUUGUGUUGGUUGUGAGUUAUUUUUUAACUUAACAAUAUGGAUGAUGAAGCUGAAACGUAUAAAUUGUGGCGAAUUCGCAAAACAGUCAUGCAGUUAUGCCAUGAUCGGGGCUAUUUAGUAACCCAAGACGAGUUGGACCAGACCUUGGAACAAUUCAAAGAACAAUGCGGCGACAAACCUAGCGAAAAACGGCCGUCACGAAACGAUUUAACAAUUCUCGUAGCUCACAAUGAUGACCCAACAGACCAAAUGUUUGUUUUCUUUCCCGACGAGCCCAAAAUUGGUAUAAAAACAAUCAAAACGUACUGUCAACGGAUGCAAGACGAGAAUAUUCAUAGAGCCAUUAUUGUGGUCCAACAAGGAAUGACACCAUCAGCCAAACAGUCUCUUGUUGAUAUGGCCCCCAAAUAUAUCUUGGAACAGUUUUUAGAAUCAGAAUUACUGAUUAAUAUUACAGAACACGAAUUAGUCCCUGAGCACGUAGUGAUGACCCCAGAGGAGAAGCAAGAAUUAUUGACUAGAUACAAAUUGAAGGAAAAUAUGCUGAUGAGAAUACAGGCCGGGGAUCCCGUGGCGCGGUAUUUCGGGUUGAAGCGUGGACAGGUGGUUAAAAUCAUUCGGCCAUCGGAAACCGCCGGACGUUACAUUUCCUACAGGCUUGUCUGCUGAACUAAUUUAAAUUUAAACCGUCACAUUGUCGUCGGAGGGAGCCGAACUCUAUUCUUUUAGGUACACCUAUUUGAAUAUCACAUGUAUCUGCUUGAUCAAUAAAUUUUGUAUUUGAAAUGAUUAAAAA